CCGGGAUCUCCCACCUCCCAAAUCGUCUGAGGAAAUGUUCAAAUAGUGGCUAACCUUAUAAUUCGACUGCAGAUUUGAAGUUUAAACAACUAUAUACUCGUCUCGAAAACUCUUAAAACUACAUUGUGACAUUAUUUUUAGAUUUUUUUUUUUAGAUUUAGAUUCAAUUUAUUGUCAUUGCACAUGUACAAGGCAACGAAAUGUGACCUCUGCAUUUUAACCCAUCCAGAGAGUAGUGAACACACGUACCCCCGGAGCAGUGGGCAGCUAUCACUACAGCGCCCGGGGAGCAAGUAGGGGUAAGGUGCCUUGCUCAAGGGCACCUCAGUUGUUACCCGCCGGCCCUGGGAAUCGAACCGGCAACCUUCUGGUCAUGAGUCCGACUCUCUAACCAUUUGGCCACAACUGCCCCUUAAAUUUAUAAAAUUAUAACAAUAGUAUUUCAAAAUGUAUUACUUACAGUUGUGCGAUCUCUCUUCCGCCAUUACAGAACGUCAGCUGGAGCGAACUGAAUUCUGGGUUAUGGCCCGUAUCAAGUCCGCUCAAGUCACCUCCCUAUGCAUCCUCGAUAAAAGGGGCGGAGCAAGAACACAUGCGGGGAUUGGAACUGUACUUGGCCAGAUGUGAACUUUGAAUUGGAACAGUACUUGGGCUGCCUCUGAUGACGUUUCACAAGUCCACAAGUAUUUCUUCAAAUAUGAAGGUGAAGGUGAACUGGUCCCGCACCCACCAGCUAACGGGACCUCCCGUAUGGAGCCUGCGGGCAGUGACCAUCUUCCCCCCAUCUUAAAUGAGGUGGACUGUGGGGAGAUCAUUAGCGGUGUCGCUGUCCCACACCCUCCACGUGGCAGAAGAGCUUUCUGCAAAAAUUUUCAGGAAGAGCAGAAGGACAACCAUUCUCCGUACCGGGAUACAAUUAACACCUGGUGCAGAAAGCUGCCACAUCACCUUAGCAUGUGUGAUGAGGUCCCGCACCCAUCAUCUUCCAAGAUGAAGCCUGCGGGCCUGAAAAUUCUUCCCCCCAUCUCGAAGAAGAUGGACCNAGAGGAAGAUAAUUAGCGGUGUUAUGCAACCGAGGACAAAGGACUGUGAUACAGUCCGGGUCCCGCUGCCACCACCUAGCAGGAUCUCCAAGAUGGAGCCUGUGGCCCACAAAAUCCUUCCCCCUAUCUCAAAGGGGAAGGAUGCUGGGAACACAGGCUCCCAGCAAUCCACUGCUCUCCCCAUGACAAACCAAAACGGUGUCCCUGUCCCACACCCUCCAUCCGGCAGGAGUUUUCUCUGCAGGAAUUUUGGUAAAGAGCAGAAGGACAACAUUUCACCACACCGGGAUACGUAUUCCACCUGGUGCAAGAGACCGGUGCAACUGCCGGAUAUAUGGGGCACACAUGACUGCGAUGCAGAUUUGGACCCAACUGACGGGACCUCUGAGAUCGCAGAUGCUGAAGCCCCACAGCGAUCUUCUGAAUGGUUUGCUUUUUGCAAACAAUAUAAAGAAGAAAAGAAGGACAAGGCUUCUGUACAUCAGGAGACAUUCUCCUCCUGGUGUAGACAACUCCCGAAAGUGAGGAGAAAGGACGGCGUCACAGAUCCCAGUGACGUCAGAUUUUCAAGGUUGUCCAAACUGCCAGACAUACAGGUGGAAGAGGAUCAUGAGCAGGAAAUUGGUAAACUGUGGGGCAUCUUAUUGGAAGAUGUAAGAAGGAAGCAGGGUCGCAAGAAGAGCCCUGAAUCUCGGCACUACAGAGACAGUGCAGUGGAAAAGGAUGGACGCAUUGACCGUGCUAUAGGUAUCUGCAAGAAGCUGGUGGGUCACUUUUCUCACAGCUGGAAGGCCAGAGGUGCUCUUGAAAAAGCCCAGGAGGAGCAAAAUUUACCAGCACAUUCCCUCAUUAAAGAAUGCCAAACAAGAUGGGGUUCCAGACAAGAUGAUGAUCAGCAGGAUUUUAGAGCAGCAGAAGGCUUUAACUCAGGUCCUCUUCUGAGGACAAGGUGGCGCGGCAUCUGA